GGCACGGCGCCCUGGAGGUCGGGGCGCGUCCCUCGAGGUUGGCGCCCGUCGCGUCGAAGGAACCCGCCGCGCGCACUUUAGCGUCGCAGCACUCACCCGCCAGCCUCGAACGGGCAGAUACCCGAGAGGGGGACCGGAGCCGGGGGAGGGGGGUCACGUACCAGUAGCACCACUUAGAAGAGGGGGAGAAAAUAAACCAAGAUGGUCGGCGCGCUCGGGUCCGUUCAGUGGACGGCCCCCGCGCGCUCGCUUCGCGCGGGAAUCGCGCGCGGGGGACGCGCGUUGCGGGCGCGCGAGGGCGUGCGGGUGGUCGCGGCGCGUCCACCCAAGGGCGAGAACGACGGGUCCGACAACAAGCCGAAGAAGAUGCUCUACGAGGUCAAGGUGGUGACCCCGCCGGAGCGCUCGCUGGGCCCGCACAUGCUCCCGAAGAACACCCACUGCGGCGACACCAUCGAGCUGAAGAACAACAAGUACUACGUCGUGGACAGGGUGUGCACGCACUACAGGCUGGAGUACGGCAAGUACAGGCGGGACCACACCGGGCUCUACGUGCAGGAGGCGAGCCGGUACAUACUCAACAAACACCUCGACGCGCUCCUCGACGGACCGGACGCGACCAAGGCGCGGGAAGAAGGCACGGAGUGACGAGACGCGCUUACAGUACAAUUACGAUAGCAGCCUUGUGAUAGGGUACGUAUCUUACGAC